CCUGAAAUAGAGCUCAGGUGUUUAUAGAAGUUGCACUUGCUUGGUUAUGACCCAGGAAAUUGCCAUACAUUGUGGGGGGGUUUAUUUGUGCUGCAUAAGAGACUUCUGGCAAAAUGUCAGAACCUAAGCCACACAUCUUGUGGCAAUGUGUCCAAUGGGAAGAUAUCAGCUACUCACAGUACAUCUGGCUCUUAACAAGCAAGGCAUGCUGUCAGAAUCCUGUGAUCUGGAUCAACUUGGAGUGGGCUGUGGUGGUGACCCUCUUCCAGCAUGGGCAUUAAGGCGGCAUUGCCCUCUUAUGAGUUGGCGCUCUACGCUCUCGUUGUGGCCUGUGCCAUCGCUUAUAGUGGUCAUGAGGUCUUUGAAACCUCUAGAGAUGUCAUGAACCGAAAGGCCUUCCGAGAGAACAUAAAACCUGGAUGGCAUUACUUUGGCAGGAAAAUGGACACAGCUGACUUUGAAUGGGCCAUGUGGUUCACUUCAUUCAGAAACUUCAUCAUCUUUGCCCUUUCGGGACACGUUAUCUUUGCCAAGAUCUGCUCCAUGACUGCUCCCCAGCACAGGUCUGUGGUUUACAUGGUCUAUGGGAUCCUGACUGUGCUGGUCACGAUGGGCAGCACCUACCUGAUGAUAAUCUUGGCUCACUGUCUGGUGCUCUACACCGUCUCACUGGUGAAGCAGAAAUGGCUGUGCUUCAUUGCAGGCCUUUGCAGCCUGGCUUCGUUCAAGAUUGAGCCCUUCAGCACCUGGCAGAACGGGUUUGUAACAGGAACUUUUGAUCUUCAAGAUGUUCUCUUUUACGGAGGAAGCGGCUUCAGCAUCAUGCGCUGCAUGAGCUUCGCCCUGGAGAACUGUGAGAAGAAGGAAGGCAACCACUCCAUCUUUGCCCUGCUGAAGUACAAUUUCUACCUCCCCUUCUUUUUCUUUGGGCCUGUCAUGACCUUUGAUCAAUUCCAUGACCAGGUGCAUAUCAGUGAGCUGCGGCGUAAAGACAAAGAGCUUUGGCACAUCAGCAUCCACGCCGCGGUCCAUCUUCUGGCCAUUGCGGCUGUGGAUGUCUUCUUCCACUACUUCUAUAUCCUGACCAUUCCUUCGGACAUGAAAUUUGUGAACCGUCUCUCAGACUGGGCAUUGGCUGGCCUGGCUUACUCCAAUCUGGUGUACGAUUGGGUGAAAGCUGCCGUGAUGUUUGGGGUCAUCAACACCAUUUCCCGACUGGAUCACCUGGACCCACCUCAGCCGCCCAAAUGCAUCACCAUGCUCUAUGUCUUUGCAGAAACGCACUUUGACAGAGGAAUUAAUGACUGGCUCUGCAAGUACGUCUACGAUCAUAUCGGAGAAAACCAUGACAACAUCUUGAAGGAGCUGCUGGCCACCAUCUCCACUUUCCUCAUCACUACCCUCUGGCUGGGCCCCUGUGAGAUCGUUUAUAUCUGGUCCAUCUGCAACUGCUUUGGCCUCAAUUUUGAGCUCUGGGUGCAGCAGUUCUUUCAGCUGAAGAUGUUUGCUGGGAUUGAAGCCAAUAUGUCAGAAGCAAUGUCUCGGCGGAUCAGGGCCUUCUUUGGGGCAGCCAAUUUCUGGGCAAUUGUCCUCUACAACAUCCUUGCCCUCAACAGCCUGGACUUUGCGCUGCUUGUCAGCAACAGGAUGCUUCUGACAGGUUUCCCCAUCAGCACUUUGUCCAUCUGGUUCAUCACGUACUGCGGGGUGCAGCUGAUCAAGGAGCGAGAACGCCUCCUGGCCAUCCAAGAGGAGAAGGAGAAGGCCGAGUAAAGGGGAGAGGAAGCCCAGCCGGCAAAAUGGUAGCCACUGCCCGGGUUCUUCCCACUCACGCUAGCCAAAGUGCCCAACCCCUCUGUCCUAAGCCACGAAGCUGCACUUUGGCCAUGUACUACGUCACCUGUGUAAUACAAGUCCUUUCCCCAUUGAAAUAAAAAAUAUUUUCUAUAAGAGUUGAACACAA